AGACUGACAAGAUGCAAGGCGUGAAGCGUGUGGUGGUAUUCUGCAUAUUGAUCGUCAUACUGCCCGCUACGCUGAUUAUCAUUCCUCUCUAUCUACGCCGCACCGUCUUCGCCGACGUUGUCUACCCUGUCGCCGAGUCGGAUAUCAUUGAGAUACGCGACGGCAUAUCAUCGAUCUUUUGUCAACAACAUUCGCUAAGAAUGGGUUCGAACUUCAAUGCAUUUCAAUUGCGCAGCAAGCCCGAAGUCUCCACAAAUCGCAAACAUAUUCGACUAAAGAAAUCCAUGACGCUUCCCGACGACACGCUCGAGUAUUGGGGUUUCUAUCUGCUAAAGGGCGCCAAGGUGCAUCUCAAAUUCUGUUCACGAUAUGAUGGCUCGCGUAUUCUGGUAGUAAAGGGCCAACGCAAUUUGAAUACCUGCGGACUGCUCGAUCACAAUCAGAAUAAACUGGGUGCCAAUUUUGCGCUGGGUCACGAGCAAGUGAAGGUUUUCUUCGAGGAUAUUAAAGAAAUGGCAGACACCGUGCCUGCUGAGGAGUUGGCUGCUGAAAAGAAGACAGUCGAUAAUAAUAUGGAGGAGGAAAAUCAUGGUGGCGAGGAUUCGAGUGAAGAAGCCGAAGAGGAGGCAUUCCAGCGUGCUAAGAUCGCGGCGGCCAUGGAGGCAGCAGCGGCGCUAGCGAUGUCGUCAAAGCUUGAAAGCAAUAGUACAUCCACGACAACGGCGAAACCCCCCAAAGUACGUGGCAAGAAGUUGAAAAAAGGCUCAGUUAGUUCGUUACGUAACCGAAGACUGCCGUCGAAUGCACCUGCUACUGCGACAACGCCCAGGUUGGCAAAGGGCGGGCAAUGGCAUUCGACGCUUGAAUCGAAUGAAAGCACCGGUAGACGUCGACGUCGCAGCUCUUACUCCAACACCGCCGCUGCAGCAGACACGGCACACUUGAAGCAACAUGACGAAGCGGUAAAGCAGCGGAAACAGGAAGUCUACGAUCAGCUGUUCAAGCGGCGACGCACGAAACGCGAGCAUGUCUACGAUCGCAAAUACAGUCAUGGCGGCAAUGCGGUAAACUUCACGGUCACUGAUGAGUCGAACUCGGUCUCCAGCUUCGAAACUGGCCUCUUCAACUGCUACAAUGGUGCCAUAUUGUUGGCCGAAGGUUUUCCACCAUCCGCAGAAUGCGUUAAUGCGCAUUUCCUAGAGAAUGGUUCACAUCGCAUGCUCUCCAAGCAUGAGAUCACCGAAGACGGCUACUACUACUAUAUAUUUUACAGCGACAACGAUCUGGUGCGCAAUGACAUACACGCUAUUUUCGAUAUUUACAAGCCAACAUUUCAAUACUCCAACCUGAGCGACUUGACGGGCUGCGUGAAUGCGACGAAUUGCACCUUUCCAAUUGGGUUCCUCUCGGAUGAGAUUGUCGUGGUGGAAGUUCCGACGCGUGAUGGAAUCGAGCACGAGGAGGACGACAUCACAUACCUGAUUUCAACAUGUCAUCCGCGCACGGCAGUCUAUGCGAUAUUCCCGAUUACGGUGUUGAUAUUAAUACUGAGUUGCUCAUUUUUAUAGAAGCGACGGGUGGCAGCAAGUGGAAGCUGGAACAAAGAAUAUUGGAACUUGCGACGCUUAAAUAUAAUUUAGAUAUUUUUUUAACUAUUGUAAAAGAUAAUUAAUAAAUAAUACUAUUGGAGUAAUAUAUAUGAAAUAAAGGUAAAGUUAAAAUUAAUUAUAUGCAAAUAGAAACGUAUAACAAAGUUAUCAUUAAUAUGAGCGCAUACAAAUAGGCCAUAAAAGUGCGUGAACUACGCCGCCGUAUCACAAAAACCACGAAUAAGUUAAUAUAAAUCUAUGCAGUGACAUGUAUAUCGUAAAAAAAAUCGUAUAGUAAUAAGUAAAAGUGUAAAUGUAUUUUUCGAACAUUUUUAACGGUGCGAGUAGUUUAUGAAAAGUGUGCAUUGUAUUUUUUAACUAAUUUUAUAUUGUACAAUUAAGUAAUUACGUAUGUAUGUACGCGUGUUGGAAAGAACGAUGAUAAUAAAUCUAUUAGUGAUACGGCGAUUCGUUUUUUAAGUGUGGAAAU